AUUAUUAGCUAUUAUAUUGGACAUAAAAUAUAUAUAAAAAAGAUUAAUCAUGACUUCGACAGCACAAAAAUGGGAUAAAUUAUCACCAAGUGAAUUUCAGCAUUUACAGGAGUUGGCAUCAUAUUCAACAAGAAAACUCGAAGAUGUUUUACAAGAAUUUUGUUCACCAAACUCUUCACCAAGAUUUGUACCUGAUGGCGAUAUUGAUUAUGAUGGAUUUCGUCAAUUUCUUGAUUCAUUUCUUGAUUGUGAAACACCAGAAGAGCUAUCAAAACAUUUAUUCAUAUCAUUUUUCAAACCACAUAUUAGUCAACCACAAUUACAUGCCAAAGCACUUAAUCAAAUGGCUGCGAUUAGUAGUAAUACAGCAUGUGCACCGGUAACAUCACAUAAUAAAGGAUCAAUUCCUAGUAUAAAUAAUAUUGUAGAAAUAUCAUCACCAUCACAGAAUGCUGCUUCAAGUGAACCACGGCAAAGUUUUGUUGAAAAAAUUCAUGGCAUCACAGAUAAAUUACAAUCGUUAAGUCAUUUAGGAAGUCAUACAGAUUUUGGGAAUGAAACGAAAUGUAAAGGUAGCGUACAUCCAAUGGUUACGGUAACACCUAGCCCACUUGGUGGUCCAAGUAGUAUAUUACAAACAAAACGUUCAGCUGAAUCUAGUCCAUCACAUUCACAUAGUCAAAAUCAUUCACAAAUGUCAAGAAAUUCAUCGAAAAAAAGUAACAACUCGGUUAAUUUAAAAAAUGAAUUGGAUUUAAAAAUGAUGACACGAAAAUUAUCAUAUUUUGAUCCUUUAUUACUUAAAGUUCCUUUAAAAGAUGUUGUUUGUUAUUUAUCGUUAUUGGAAGCUGGACGACCAGAAGAUAAGUUGGAAUUUAUGUUUCGGCUAUAUGAUACUGAUGGUAAUGGUGUAUUAGAUACAGCAGAAAUGGAUGCGAUUGUUAAUCAAAUGAUGUCAGUUGCUGAAUAUAUUGGAUGGGAUGUAUCAGAAUUAAAACCGAUACUUCAAGACAUGAUGGUAGAAAUUGAUUAUGAUGCUGAUGGCACUGUAUCAUUAGAAGAAUGGCAACGAGGUGGCAUGACGACAAUUCCACUUCUAGUUCUAUUAGGAGUUGAUAAUACCGCCCUUAAAGAAGAUGGUAUGCAUGUAUGGAGACUGAAACAUUUUAGUAAACCAGCUUAUUGUAAUUUAUGCUUAAAUAUGCUUGUUGGAUUAGGAAAAAAAGGAUUAUGUUGUGUGUUAUGUAAAUAUACUGUACAUGAAAGGUGUGUUCAACAUGCUCCAGCAUCUUGUAUAACAACUUAUGUUAAAACUAAAAAAGCAAAAGGUGGUGGAACUCAAUUACAUCAUUGGGUAGAUGGAAAUUGUUAUGGACGUUGUUCAAAAUGUCGGAAAAGAAUUAAAGCUUAUCAAGGAUUAACAUGUAGAUGGUGUCAUUUAAUGCUUCAUAAUCGUUGUGCAGCAUCUGUAAAAAAAGAAUGUACAUUAGGUGAUUUUGCCAGUUUAGUUAUACCACCAUCAGCUAUAUCGCCAGCUGUUCUUGAAAGACAAAAAUCAGUUAAUCAAUCAAUUAAAUCGAGGAGCAUAGCUGCAGCAGUUAAAGUUCAACACUUUCAAAUAACUCCUGUUCCAGGCACAUGUCCUCUUUUAGUAUUUGUAAAUCCAAAGAGUGGUGGUCGUCAAGGUGAACGUAUAUUAAGAAAAUUUCAAUAUAUGUUGAAUCCACGUCAAGUUUAUGAUUUAACAAAAGGUGGACCGAUUGAAGGACUGACACUUUUUAAAGAUCUACCAUGUUUUAAAGUGAUAUGCUGUGGUGGUGAUGGUACUGUUGGUUGGGUUUUAGAAGCAAUGGAUUCAAUAGAUUUGGCCUGUCAGCCAGCUAUUGGUGUUAUACCAUUAGGUACUGGUAAUGAUUUAGCCAGAUGUUUAAGAUGGGGUGGCGGUUAUGAAGGUGAAAGUAUACCAAAAUUAAUGGAUAAAAUAAGUCGAGCAACAACUGUUAUGCUUGAUAGAUGGAGUAUUGAAGUUAUUAAUAACCCACCAAUGCAAGAAAUUCCAAAACCUAAGGUAAAUAGUAUACCAUACAAUAUUAUAAAUAAUUAUUUUUCAAUUGGUGUUGAUGCAGCCAUUUGUGUUAAAUUUCAUUUGGAGCGUGAAAAAAAUCCACAUAAAUUUAAUAGUCGAAUGAAAAAUAAAUUGUGGUAUUUUGAAUAUGCAACAUCAGAAACUUUUGCUGCAUCAUGUAAAAAUCUACAUGAAAAUAUUGAAAUAAUGUGUGAUGGUGUAUCCUUGGAUUUAGCAAAUGGACCACAACUUCAAGGAAUUGCAUUACUUAAUAUUCCAUAUACACAUGGUGGAUCAAAUUUAUGGGGUGAACAUUUAUCACAAAAACGUAUACGUAAAAGUGGUGGACCAUUUUUAAAAGGAAAAAAAUUAAAAUCAUCUGAUAAAGAGCUAUCAGCAACAAGCUUUAAUUCAGUUGAUUUAUCUGUAGCUAUUCAGGAUAUUGGAGAUCGUUUAAUUGAAGUCAUUGGUUUAGAAAAUUGUUUACAUAUGGGACAAGUACGUACUGGAUUACGUGCAUCUGGUCGUAGAUUAGCACAAUGCAGUGAAGUGAUAUUUAAAACGAAAAAAACAUUUCCUAUGCAAAUUGAUGGUGAACCAUGGAUGCAAGCACCAUGUACUAUUAAAGUGACUCAUAAAAAUCAAGUACCAAUGCUAAUGGCACCACGUUCACAGAAAGGAAGAGGACUAUUAUGCUUUUUGCGUAGAUAACUUUUAAAGACCAAAAAUUACACCACCGUCCAAUGUUAAAAAAUUAACUUGCUUUUUUUUUUUUUGUUUUGUUCGUUUUUUUCUCU